AUGGCCUGGGCUUCCUUUUUGCUGCUGCCGCUGCUGCGGGCAGAAGCCCAAUCCUUGCUGCAAGUGGAGGGACAGCUCCGGAGGACACAGCAGGCCGCAGCCAGCCCUCACGAUGCGGCGUGGUUUUAUGCCUUGGAGGCGAUCCAGCCGGCGGAGGCUUUGGAGUCCGAGCAUCCCCAUCCUCGUCUUCGACCGCAAAGACAGCAAGCCACGCUCAGUGUGGCGCAGGGGGAAGUCUCGGAAAACCUCGAGGUGCAAAAGCAUGUUACACAAAAGCCAAGUGUCAGCCACACUUCAACGAAUCUCGAGGCCACCACCCCGUCGCCGAAGGCCGAGCAGACGGAAGGUCCUCUGCAGAAACGUGCGGUCUUGGGCAAUCUCACGUGCUCCAAGCCUGGCUGCGCAGCAAACGUUACCUUACAGCUCUACGACCCUGAGACGGAAUAUGCACGGGAUUGCAACCUAAGUUUGGCGGUUCAUGCCACAGACUUUGAUGACAACUUCGCUGGGGAGCGGGUGGCCAACUUUUUGGCCAACGGUCGCGCAAUGGGUGGAGAUUGCUACCCGUUGGUGAACGGGUGCGUGUCAAAAGCAUCCCGCGAGCUGCUCUUUACGUGCAUCUCCGACCUGCCGGUGGACACUGUCAUAAGUAGAACGGGAAAACUUCGAGUGGACGCAGAGAUUCCUGGAAAUGUAGAUGAAUGUCCAUACCACGGCAACCUGCUGCAUGGUGUUACCACCAUACAGUGUCAUGUUGGCAAGCUUGCGGAUCUCACUACUACAUCUACCACUGCCACUACCACCACAGUUGCAGAGAAUUCGGUGGCCGGUGCAUCUGGUGCGUCUGGCAGACAGGCUUCACCUGAGGACUUGGACUUCGUAAAGAAGUGGCUAGCGGAGCAUCCUGGCAAGUCGAUCGAGGAGAUGCCGGGCUACAGCUCCUUCUACAACUUGAGCAACAUGUCGGACAGGCCGCCCCUGCCUGCCAGCCUUGGGAUUUCGGGCUACUACGGAUCUUCUGCAAGGCAUUUGGAAGCGCAGCUGGGCAGCGGCCCAGGUCACGGCCAAGCCCGGCCAAGAUUCCCUUUCCACCGGCCAACCAACCUGGCCACUCAGGGAGCGCUGCGUUGUGCAGAGAAGGGAUGUUCCACUUCGCUCAUCUUGAACUUCAACCGGACAUUGGCGCAAAUCAACAGGUGCGUGGCGCAGCUUUGGGUCAAUCAGACAGACUUCGACAACUUGGACGGCGCCGAGGAACUCCUAAGUGUCAGUGUCGCCGGCAAAGAGGUGCUGUCGCAGGCGAAGCCUGGAAAGAACCCAUGUCGAAGCGCGUACAAUGGAAAGCCCCUUUCCCUCAAGGAUAUUCGCUACCAUGCCCUUGAAGAUUUGGACAUCACGCAGGCUAUCAGGGAUGGGCCUGUCAGAAUCUCUGCGCAGAUCUCGGACCAAGUGGACGAAUGUCCAAGUAAUGGCUACUUGUUGGACUCUGCUCUGGAGGUGAGCUGCAACAUCUCCACGAUUGGGGCACUGCUGGAAGAGGAUGAGGUGUCUGUUGCGGAUGUCUUGGAUUUGAACAAGGUUCACAAGAACAGAGUGCAUGAAAAGGAGAUCUUGCAACUGGUAG